AUGACCUCAGACAAGACGGGCGCGGUGGCUGUGGCUGCGAAGAUCAAGGUGGCCAACCCGGUGGUGGACCUCGAUGGCGACGAGAUGACCAGGGUCAUCUGGCAGAUGAUCAAGGACAAGCUGAUCCUGCCUUACCUUGAUCUGGACAUCAAGUACUUUGAUCUGGGCCUGCCCUCACGCGAUGCGACGGACGACCAGAUCACCAUCGACGCCGCCAAGGCCAUCCUGGAGUGCGGCGUGGGCAUCAAGUGCGCGACCAUCACCCCUGAUGAGGCGCGCGUCAAGGAGUUCAGCCUGAAGAAGGCCCCUGCCUGGGAUGAACGGGGGACAACGUAA